AUGGAUUAUGGGUAUUACUGCUCAAUAUUGGAUCAUACUAAUGAGCCAAUAAUUGGAUUUUGCUUCUAUUAGGAAUGUGAUAAACCAAAAUAAAUCUGUUUUAAUUGUUUCAGCCAAUUACAUUAAAGACAUCAAAAUGAUUGUCUGAGGUUCGACAAAAUUGCACUAAUGAUAUCAGACAGUGUUAAAAUCUUAGAUAAUUUGGAAAAACAAGAAUAGAAUAAAAUGGAAAAUAUGAUCAAUUUGUUCAAAAAAAAUCUGAAGUUUAUAUCUAGUGAGAAGGCAAAGCUGGCUUAAUUAUUAUAAUAAUUAAAUAAUUAAGACUGCUCUUAACAAUGGAGAAAUGUUACCUUGAAUAAAUAUGUCAAAAACAAUAAAUAUUGGUAUAAAUUUCAUUUUAAUUCUUUAGGAUUGCAAUUAGAGGAAAUAAAAAAGUUCGAGAGGUCUUUGGAUUAGUUCUUUUAACCAUAUUUGAAAGCUGAUACUAUUUUUAUUUCAACAUCUGAACCACAAGCUCAAAUUGGAUCUAUAGAGAGAUAAAAUAGCAAUAGAAGUUAAGAAUCACCAACUUAACCUUAGGGAUUGAAGUCUGAAUCACUAGCAGUGGAGUGCUUAACAUCAGCUGUUGAUUUAUAUAAGGAGGACAACUAUUAGGAUGCUUUAAAUUUUAGCAACUAAGCUAUAAAAAUAAAUUCUAACCUUGAAUAGGCAUAUUUGAUAAAGGGUCUUUGUUUAGUUCAUUUAGAGUAGUUUGAGGAAGCCGUGGAUUCCCUUAAUGACUGUUUAAGAUUGAAUUUAAAAAUAGAAACAGUUUAUUAUCAUAAAGGUUACAGCUUAUUUGUCUUGAAACAAUUUGACGAAGCAAUAGAAUGUUUUGAUAGAGCCUUGGAGCUUAAAGCGAAUCCAGAUUUUUAUCUAAAGAAAGCUUAAGCCUUAAUGUCAUAAGAAAAAUAUAAUCAAGCACUUGAAUCUGUUAAUCGAGCUCUCGACAUAAAAACUAAGAAAGAAUAUUUGCAUCUAAAAGGGGCCAUUUUACAUAAAUUAGGGAAUUCUUAAGAAGAAUUAAAUUGUUAUUUAGCAGCACAUGGAUUAGAUCCAAACUCAUCCUCCAUAAAUCAUAAUAUUGGUGUUGCACUCCACAAAUUAGAAAGAUAUUAAGAGGCAUUGCAAUAUUUUGAUGCUGCUCUAGCCGUUGAACCUGACUCACCAGAUACAUUAAAUCAAAAAGGUAUCACUUUACUAGCCUCAUAAAGUUAUUAAAAAGCAUUGGAGUGUUUUGACUCUGCUUUAGCAUAUAAAGAGAAACCAGAGUAUCUAACAAAUAAAGCUAAAACUCUUAAUUUCUUAAAGCGAUAAAAAGAAGCAUUAGAUAUUUUUGAAUAUGUUAGUAAGAAUUAUGGCGAAUGAUAAUUCAAAAUAUGUUGUAAUAAUGUAAUAAUAAUUGUUUGUAA